AUGGCGAACGAGAAGAUGCUUCCAGCCCAAGAGGCUGCCAAAAUCUACCACACCAAUUAUGUGAGAAAUGCCAGGGCCAUUGGCGUCCUGUGGGCUGUUUUCACCAUAUUCUUCGCCAUCAUUACCGUGGUGGUCUUCAUUCAGCCCUACUGGAUCGGUGACAGCGUCAACACGCCGCAGGCUGGAUACUUUGGGCUUUUUCACUACUGUAUUGGCAACCCCAUCACCUCCGAAUUGGUCUGCAAAGGAAGCGUGUUUGAUUUUGGUUCAAUCCCAUCAGGGGCUUUCAGGACCGCUAUGUUUUUUGUAGGCACCUCAAUGCUCCUUAUCGUAGGCACCAUCGUGUGCUUGGGUCUUUUCUUCUUCUGCAACUCUGCAAGUGUGUACAAGAUUUGUGCAUGGAUGCAAACAUCUUCAGCUGUGUUGAUGGUGAUGGGUUGUAUGAUUUAUCCGGACGGCUGGGAUGCUCCGGAGGUGAAGCGGAUGUGUGGCGAGCGGACGGACAAGUACAAGCUUGGGAACUGCACCAUUCGCUGGGCUUAUAUUCUAGGCAUUAUCUGCAUCCUGGACGCAGGGUUACUGGCUCUGCUUGCCUUCACUCUGGGCAACCGGCAAGACAAACUGUUGCCAGAAGACUUCGAGGUGGAGAAUAACGGUAAGAGAAACACUGAUUAAAAAUGAUUUUGGGAUCAGUUAAGAAUGUAUUUAAUGACUCCUAACAUCAGGUUCCACUGGCUAUGAGCUGGAUAGAUUCUCAGUUUGAAUGUGCCGAUGAAUUGAUUAUUGGUGUAUUAUAAGAUCAAUAAUGUAAUAAUCCAUAAAUAAUAUGCAUGAAAAAUAAAUACGUUUUUAUACUACCAGAAUUAUUAAUGUAUAUGAAUUUAGAAUGUAAACCUGUGGAAGUACAAAAUGCACAAUGUGUGUGACGUUGUUUCCAUUUGUUUAUAGAUAAAGCCUGAAUCCAACAGAUUUGAACUGCAGUGGACACGGGACUGGAGAUUCUUAGUCACAUUACAAAAAAAAAUUAAUAAUAAUGAACCUGAAUAAACUUUAUUUUUUGGCAAAUGCUGU